GUUUGGUGAGUUUUUGGCUUUUGCGAAUUAUUUACAUAAUUAACCAACAUUGAACAAUGUCAGAUUCAGACGAUGAUUGCUAUGGACCAGUACUUCCUCCAUCAAUGCGCAAAACCAGUACAAAGGAAAACACUGAGAAAAAGAAGCAAGAUGAUUCCUCAGAUGAUGAUGCCUAUGGCCCAGCCCUCCCUCCAUCCAUGAGAAAACCUUCUCAGACAACCAGCAAAGAUAAGCCAUCCUCAUCUUCAGAAUCCAAAUCAACCAUCGGUCCGACCAUAGGACCGUCACUGCCGCCCUCCUCGGCCAACCGCUCCAGCUCUGCUGCCGCCGCUGAUGACGCCAGCUCCAGUGACGACGACGCCUACGGUCCGGCGCUGCCUCCCGGCUUCGUGAAGCGUCCGUCGGGACCAGCCGUGCGCGGACCCGCGGCGCCGGGACCGGCUGUCCGCGGUCCGGCGCUUCCUCCGGGAGGACUGCCUGCCCAGGAGGACGGGGAGGAGGAUGAGGAUGAGGACGUGAUCGGUCCUCGGCCACCGGCGGAGAGCGCCGACCUCGGGCGGUAUGCGGCUGCUGAGGUGGAACGGAGGGCCACCAGCAUGAAGGAGAAGCUUGAUGCGAUGGGCCGGCCGGCAGAGCUGGUGCGCGAAGAGUGGAUGCUGGAGCUGCCGCCGGACCGGGCCGGAGAGUUCGGCCUGGGCCCGCGUCAGUUCCGUAAGACGACCCCUCAGGAGCGAGGGGACACCAGCGGAUGGACGGAGACACCCUCUACCAAGGGACAGUCGCGCCCCGCUCCGACCGAAAAGGCUGCGAAGAAGGGCGGAGAGCUUGUCGAACUGGCCACCAGGCGGCGGGACGAGCGGAUGGCGCAGGUCGCUGAGGACCUCGGCGCCAAACGAAACGAGUCCCUGCUGGACAUGCACCAGAAAAACGUCAAAAAAGCUAAGAAGGCGGCGGUGGAGGCCGGUGAAGCCCCCAAGCGGAGACAGGAGUUCGACAGGGACCGGGACCUCGGAACGAACCGCUUCGACGACGCGCAGCGAGCGGCCGCCAUCAAACGCUCGCGCGGUGCGGCCGACAUGUUCAGCUCCGGCGCGCAGAAGUUCCUCUGAUCGCUCCUGGGAGAGGAUGGAGUCAUCUCGGGAAUGUGGUGUAACCGGCAGCGUCACCUCCACCGGCCAGGAAUUGAGGCGUGCGGUCCUAGACGGACUGGCCGUGCGUGUCGGCUUUGUGCCUGAUGUGGUGGCUUGGUGUUUAGUGUGGUGACCUGGCGUGGCGACUUGGUGACUGGUGUGGUGGCCUGGUGCCUGGUGCCGUAACCUGUUGGCCUGAUGCCAUGGUGUCUCCGUACCUUGCUCUUGUCGGCCUGAGUUAGUCCGCCGGCUAACGGUAGGCUGGCGGGCGCCAUCCCCGUCAUGCGGGAAAAGUCAGGACUCGACGAAAAGACCUGACUCAGAAAAGGGGCCGCCUUCUCAUCGUCCCUAGUACAACAUCGACUGCACUAAUGCGCCGUCCGAGCGACGGAGCAGUGUCACUGUCUUGAAGGACUGUGAUUGGACUAGAUCGUGACAUUUGGCGUCUGGCGAUUCAUGUUGCAUUCGCCGUAUUGAGGCGCACACGUCAGUCGCAUGUCACAUCAUCGAUAAUUUUAACGCUUCAACGCUGAGCGUUGUUCAUUCAUCGUACACAUCGGAUGGCGCUUCAUACUAUGUAGUAUGUACUAUGCAUGUAUAUCAUGCGUGCGCACUACGCAUGUGUGCAUAAUUGGUGCGAGUUUGAGUACCGUUUGUGUGACAUUUGCAAAACUGAAUCACUUUGUCUUU